AUGGCUUUCAAAGAUAUCCCUGACAAGCCCACCGCAACCGCAAAAUCUAGUGCUUCCAGUGCUUCAGAAACCCGAAAUUUUUUUGACAUGGCGCAACCAAUUGUUAUAGUUCACAAUGAUACUUCUGCUGCCCCAUUCACCAUACGGUUAAAUGGAAACAAUCAUAGCACUUGGUCGAAGAUGAUGUUGCUUCAUGUGUCAAGCCAGGGAAAAAAAGGUUAUUUGACAGGGAAUGUGGCACAAGGGAUUCUAAAGUUUUUCUAUUCUAUGUUCAUACACAAUACAAUAGUAGCAUUCAAUCUAUCCAUGUGGACAAUAGGGGAGAGUUCUUUCCCUUUGCAGGUCACCACCACCGCCUUUCCGUCCAUUCAAACCUAUCACAGAAUAGGUUCUUUCACUAGCUCCAAUACCAUAAACCCACCAGUCGAACCGCCCCAAGGUUCCCAAUGUGCCCCUUUGAGACUAUGUAUGUUCCCAAGUCACGCUGUCCUAACCUUCACACUCGUCGUUUUUGUCUUCAGAUCCUAUUACAGUCGCAGUGUGGAACCCAGUACCUAUGCUGCUGCAACUUUUGAUCUUAAUUGGCGCCAAGCCAUGUCUUCUGAACUUGAUGCUUUGGAGUCUAAUAAUACUUAG